AUGCCUUUAAGAUAACAUAGUUUAAAUCAUAAAAUAUGUGUAUUAUAUAUGUGUAAAUAUAAUAGUUUUACUAAGAUCCAAAACUGAUUAAUGAAAAGACAACUAAUUUGAUUUAGAGAGAUUCUAUUAUCAAUUCAAUUUUCAAAGUAAACACAAGAACUUUAUUUCUCUGGAAGUGUACUUUAGGAAAGCAAAGAAGUGGGAGACCUGUCGCUCUUGAAUACAAUUUGAAUAUAUAUAUAUACUAUUAGCUAUAAUAGCUUUCUGUUUGGUGAUCUUUGAGAUAUUUUGCAAUAAAAUUAUGUUAAAAAUGAAGUAUUAGUUUGUUGCUUAUUCAGUCUUAAAAGUUUUAUUUAACUUAGUAGCUCCUUACCAGUAUUUUGAAAGGACAACAAAAUAAGAAUGAGUUCAUCUGACACCUUUUCCCGAAUCCCGACAUUGAAACUUCAUAGAUUGGAGGAUCUUGGAUUCCCGAUUUCUUUCUCAAAGGUGAAUGAAGAGUCACUUAGCAGUAAAGCUACAGACAAUCUUGAUGAUACCAGACUGGAAGAGGAACUAAACAAACAUGAUAUCAGCCACAGUGAUCUGGAUAAUAAUGGUGAUAACAAGGGCCUGGAUGCAUCGGAAGACACCUAUUCAGAGAUUUCAAGUGACAAUGGAGUGAAAAGUAAAACCAGACUAAAAAGUAGAUCUAAAUAUGUAAAACCAGUUACAUGCUCGAUUUGUUAUAGAGUUUUGUCUAGCAAAUAUUGUUUGAAAAAACAUAUGAUAUUACAUUCCACGGAAAAACCGCAUAAAUGUAUAAUUUGUUUCAAAACGUUCACACAAAAACAGUCAUUGUGUAAACACAUGGCCACACAUACUGGAGAAAAACCCCACCAUUGUACAGUUUGUAAAAAAUCAUUCCUUGAAAAGCGUGUACUUCUAGUACAUAUGCGCACCCAUACUAAAGAAAAACCGUUUCAAUGUACAAUUUGUAUGGCACGUUUUGCUCAAUCUGCAGAUAAGACUAAGCAUAUACUCAAGCAUACUAAAGAAAGGCCGUUUCAGUGUACGGUUUGUUUCAAAAAAUUCUCUCUGUCAGGAAAUUUGAAAAUACACAUGAGAACCCACACUGGUCAAGUUAAACAUCAAUGCCCAAUCUGUUUGAAAUGGCUCUCAACAAAAAGAGCAUUAACAAUUCAUUUGCUCACUCACAACAAGGAAAAACAAUUCCAAUGUACAUUAUGCACACAAAGUUUCCAUCAGGCAGGCAAUUUGAAAAUGCAUAUGCUCACGCACACUAAACAGAAACAAUUCCAGUGUGGAAUUUGUGACAGAAAAUUCACUCGGUCAGCUCAUGUCAAGUCGCAUAUGCGCGUUCAUACUAAAGAAAAGCCGUAUCCGUGUACAUUUUGUGAAAAACGUUUUUCACAGACAUCUGCUGUGAAAUCACAUAUUCGCCAUAUACAUACUAAAGAAAAACCCUAUCAAUGUACAAUAUGUGGCAAAUCAUUUUCUAGUAGUAGUGCAAGGGAAAGUCACAUGCAUACACAUACAGGUGAAAAAAAAUAUGCUUGUACACAGUGUCCCACUAAAUUAACUUUUUUAUCCAGUCUUAGAAUUCAUAUGCGGAUACACAAUAAUGAAAAGCCCUAUAAAUGUUCUAUUUGUACAAAAUCAUUCUCUCAGAAUAGUAAUAUGAGAACACAUAUGAAAACACAUAUCACUGACAGUGAUAGACGGACCCAUCAAUGUGAAAUCUGCUAUAAAAGUUACCUUACCUCUAGCAAUUUAAGAGUCCAUUAUAUUGUUAAGCAUACUUUAGAGAGACAUUAUGAAUGUACUUUUUGUGACAAAAAAUUCCCGUUUAUGACGCUAUUGAACCUACAUAUACGCACUCAUACUAAAGUGAAGCCAUACAGAUGCACGAUUUGUGGUAAAGGUUUCUCUGGGAAAGGUGCGUUGAAUAAUCACAUACGCUUCCAUACACAAGACAAGCCUUACCAAUGUAAGAUCUGUUUCAAAAAAUUCAUCCAGAGAGGAAACCUUGCUACACAUAUGCUCACACACACCAGAGAAAAGACAUUUCAAUGCACACAUUGCAGUAAAAGGUUCAUACAUCGCGGGACGUUGAAGUACCACAUACGAAAAGACCAUACAAAAGAAAAGCCAUAUAAAUGUCAGAUCUGUCACAUGAGCUUCCAUUUUUUGAGCAUUCUAAAAAACCAUUCACGCAUCCAUUCACAAGAACGGUCCAAACUAUCAGUAAAUUAAAGGCUAUGUAGCUACUAUUUCCUUGUUCAAAAUCCACAGAGCCGUAAGCUGUUCAGUAAUAAAAGUGAGAAGCGAUUAAAAAAUGAUGAAUCCUAUAUUAAUAUUAGAUACAAACUUAUAUUUAGUAGGCACCAAAAAAUAUAUCUUAGAAUGUUUUUUAAAAAAGCGAUUUUGUUACCCUUAAAUCUACUACGGUCUUCCUCGUUUAUUAGAAAUCUCUUGAAAGCAAAAUAUCUCAGUUAUGUGUUAUUAAAAAUAGGUUUCCUAAUCAAAGACCACUGUUGAAAAUUGUCUUAUUUUCUAUCAAGUGGUCUAUUUAAUCAAGUACUGGAUUGGCAGUUGCUUUACUCAAGCAAAACCGUUAAGAAAAUUCUCUAUUAUCCCAGAAAUUUAAAUCAUUCGUUUUUGCCCAAUUUUUCUCAGUUUCAAAAUUUCUUCACAGUCAUCUUUAUCAAUCGCAUU